AUGCCUUCGAGUCGCGAUGACCCCGUUGCAGGUCGUCCUGAUGUUGAUGCCAGGGAACUUAAUCUCACCGACCCUUGUGCUAACCCUUGUAGUGGGGAUUCCCAUGAGUCUCUUCGUCCUUUUGAUGCUCCAGAGGAGAAGGACAACCCCAUCAGUGAGUCUACCAGCAGUGUUCAGGGUGGUAAGGUGCCCGAACGUAGGUCCCUGCCGAGACUCUCCGGGCCCAAAUUCUUCACCGGGCCUCCCGAUUCUCCCGAUCUUUCCCCUUCCUUUACUCUAGAGGAAGAGGAAUGGAGUUCCUACAGUGGGCUCGUACGCGGGUUCUCUGGUGAGUCUACUGGGGUUUUUGAGGGGGAAACGGCAUCCGGAUCGAGACGCCUCUUAAAAUUUUCUAGGUCCCAUACUUCACUGGGCCCUCUAGUCAACGCUCAGAAUCUCAGUCCGGAUGACCCGGAGAAAGACCCGUUGGAGAAGUACAGCCAGCUACAAGAGGCGGGCGCAGUACGACUGAAGUGGAUCAAUGACUCCAAAGUACAUUGUCCAAUCAAUCUCUCUAGGCUUGCUUUCCGUGAUCUUCUAGAUGACGGAUGGCAGCUUUCCCAGCGACAUAAGAGCCUGCCGGACAUGUAUGACGAUCCCAGAUUCCUCCCUCCUGGUGUGCCAGGAGCGACCAGUUUCCCUAUCCAGGAAGACUCGUAUCAGUGGACUGACAUCGUCAAACGUCACCGGGAUCCAAAUAUCCCAGGAUAUAGGCAGACUGUUUCUAGGUGGGUAGGCAGAACUGCAGAGGGUGUGAUCUUCAUUGAGUUCAUCAAACGCGGUGAAAACACCAGUUGCCCAUUCAGCUCUGAGGUUACCAAGGCUGUUUACGAGAAGGACUUCCGUAUUGAAACUCUCAACCACGUGUUUGUAGCCAAUGUUAUCAACAAGGAGACUCUUGAGUUUAUCUUGGACAACUUUUGGCCGGACUGUAUUGAUGGGAUUCAGUCUAUGGAGCCCAAUUCACCCGAGUAUAAGGCAAUUCUAGGUACUCGAAUUGGCAAAGUCGUCGCCUAUCUGGUCUUGAAUGCAUUCGCCCGGGGUACUCGGCGGAUUGCACGAGUCGUUCUUUGGGUUGCUUCCGUCUAUGGCAUCCAGCUGCGGUUUGACAUAGAGCCUGUUGGCGGUUGA